AUGAUUGAUGGCGGAAACGCCACUACAGGUAUCUCAGAAAUAAGAUGGACAGGAAUAUGUGAAGCAACCACGGAAGAUGGCCACAAAAUCUGGUACACUGGAGAUGAGAAAAUUCAUUUAAAAGGAGUGGGAUUACUUGUUGAAAAAGAUACAGCAAAAUCAGUAAUGGAAUGCACGGUGUCUAACAGGAUCAUGUCAAUGAGAAUUGCAGUAAAACCUCGCAAUCUAACAAUCAUCCAGCUCUAUGCACCAGUAUCACACUGCGAGGAGGAAGAAAUUGAAGACUUCUACCAAGAUGUUGAAAAUAUCAUGAAGAAAAAGCCAAGAAAAGACAUACUAAUAAUCCAAGGCGACUGGAAUGCAAAGAUCGGAUACAUGCAGAAUGAGAACAGGGAAGGCACAGCAGGCAAAUGUGGAAACGACAUGGUUCUCGCCAGAUGGCAAAAACACAAUCAAAUCGACUUCAUUACUGUGGACGAGCGUUUCCAGACGGGAACAAAUAGGCCAAAGACUAGGGCCUUCAAGAGACCUGAUAUCGGUAGUGAUCAUGACCCAGUAAUGGUGAAACGGGCGAGAUUCGAUCUAGAAAAACAAGAACAAAGAAAUUUUGCGCCAAUAUCAAACUGA